GUAAACCUUAUACUUUAUACUUUUACAGAAUUAAACAACAAUUAAAAUGCGAGCCUGAUUUUAAUUAUUGGUUAUAAUUUAGAAUGUGGACCGCAGUGUUUAUAACGAUACUUGGUUGGUCUACGGUGCAUGCUGAUAUAGACAGACGACGCAACUCGAACCCUACAUACUAUAAUGUCGGUGGUGUACUAUCCAGUAAUGAGUCCAUUGCUUUCUUCAAAGACACAAUCUCUAAUCUCAACUUUAAAGACAAAUAUGUCCCCCGCGGGGUGACCUACCAUGAUUACUCGAUUUUGAUGGAUCCCAAUCCCAUAAUGACCGCACUUAAUGUUUGUAAAGAUCUGAUAGCACACAGAGUUUACGCAGUGGUUGUAUCUCAUCCCAUAACAGGAGACCUGUCACCUGCUGCCGUAUCAUAUACGAGUGGAUUCUACCAUAUACCAGUUAUAGGAAUAUCUUCACGCGACUCUGCCUUUUCCGAUAAAAACAUACACGUUUCGUUUUUACGCACUGUUCCGCCAUAUUCGCAUCAGGCUGAUGUAUGGGUGGAUGUCCUUAAACAUUUCAAUUAUAUGAAGGUCAUUGUCAUACACAGCUCGGAUACUGAUGGUAGAGCAAUCUUGGGAAGAUUCCAAACUACUUCGCAAAGUGUUGAUGAAGAUGUCGAUCGGAAAGUUGUGGUUGAACAGGUCAUUGAAUUUGAGCCAGGUCUGGAUUCAUUUAAUGAAAAACUCAUAGAUGUGAGAAGUGCACAAGCAAGGGUUUUUCUUAUGUAUGCGAGUAAGACGGACGCCGAGAUAAUAUUUCGUGACGCAACAUACAUGAAUAUGACGACAACUGGGUAUGUCUGGAUGGUGACUGAGCAAGCAUUGGAUGCCGCUAAUGCUCCUGAAGGUCUACUGGGACUGAGGCUCGUUAAUGCCACGAAUGAGCAUGCCCACAUACAGGAUUCUAUCUACGUCCUCGCAUCAGCAAUAAGGGAAAUGAACAAAACUGAAGAAAUUAAUGCUCCUCCUUCCGACUGUGAUAACUCGGGAUCCAUUUGGCUGACUGGUCAGGUCCUUUUUGAUUACAUUAGAAAACAGAGGCUGGAGAAUGGAGCCACUGGACAUGUUGCGUUUGACGACCAUGGAGAUAGAGUUCACGCAGAGUAUGAUAUGGUCAAUGUUAGAGCACAAGGGGAACACGUGGCUGUUGGCAAAUACUUUUAUUCUAAGGAAACACAAAAAAUGCGUCUUGAACUUAAAGAACACGAAAUUAUAUGGAUGGGACGCAGUUCGUCAAAACCAGAAGGAUUCAUGAUACCAACACACCUAAAGGUGUUAACAAUCGAAGAGAAACCCUUUGUGUAUGCCCGUCGCGUUGAGGAUAUUUUUGAUUGUACCAGUGAGGAGAUACCGUGUCCACAUUUUAAUGCGAGCGAAGAAGCAGAUCAAAUGUACUGUUGCAAGGGCUUUUGUAUGGAUCUCUUGACGUAUUUAUCAAGAGCGAUCAACUUCACAUUCUCGUUGGCUCUCUCACCAGAUGGCCAGUUCGGUUCCUAUGUAUUCAAAAAUAUAUCUCAACCGGGAUCUAAAAAGGAAUGGACUGGAUUAAUUGGAGAGUUAGUAUAUGAACGUGCGGAUAUGAUCGUUGCACCCCUAACAAUUAACCCUGAACGUGCAGAAUUUAUCGAGUUCAGCAAGCCAUUUAAAUAUCAGGGUAUUACUAUUUUGGAGAAGAAGCCAUCAAGAUCAUCUACACUUGUAUCAUUCUUACAACCUUUCUCCAACACUCUAUGGAUACUUGUUAUGGUGUCUGUACAUGUCGUGGCACUCGUACUUUAUUUGCUGGAUAGAUUUUCACCAUUUGGCAGAUUUAAGUUAGCAAAUAUUGAUGGGACGGAAGAAGAUGCAUUAAACUUGUCGAGUGCAAUUUGGUUCGCAUGGGGAGUGUUACUUAACAGUGGUAUUGGAGAAGGAACACCACGAAGUUUUUCCGCGCGAGUGCUAGGCAUGGUAUGGGCAGGCUUCGCAAUGAUCAUCGUUGCCUCCUACACAGCUAAUUUAGCUGCAUUCCUCGUAUUAGAAAGACCAAAAACCAAAUUAAGCGGUAUUAAUGAUGCCAGGCUUCGAAAUACAAUGGAGAAUCUCACGUGUGCCACAGUGAAAGGAUCAGCUGUGGACAUGUACUUUAGACGGCAAGUCGAACUAUCUAACAUGUACCGAACCAUGGAGGCUAACAAUUACGAUAAUGCUGAACAGGCUAUACAAGAUGUUAAAGACGGGAAGCUAAUGGCAUUCAUUUGGGAUUCAUCUCGUUUGGAAUUCGAAGCAGCUCAAGAUUGUGAGUUGGUGACUGCAGGUGAACUCUUCGGGAGGUCUGGUUAUGGAGUUGGCUUACAGAAAGGAUCACCAUGGGCUGAUUUAGUAACAUUGGCUAUACUUGACUUUCAUGAAAGUGGAAUCAUGGAAUCGUUCGACAAUAAAUGGAUACUCCGAAAUAACAUGCUCAAUUGUGAGGAGAACGAAAAGACCCCAAAUACGUUAGGCUUGAAAAAUAUGGCAGGGGUAUUCAUUCUAGUUUUAGCUGGCAUUAUAGGAGGCAUAGUUCUUAUUGUUAUUGAAGUCGUAUACAAAAAACACCAAAUAAAAAAGCAGAAGAGGAUGGAGAUCGCUCGUCACGCUGCUGAUAGAUGGCGUGGAGCAGUCGAGCGGCGAGCGAAGUCGAAUGGCGUAAAGGAAGCGGGGAGUAUCAGCCUGGCAGUUGACCGCGGAGCGAGGCGCAGGGAUGAGCUGCCUCGCAUACCGCGUUACAGUCCAGCGUACACGCCAGACGUUUCACAUCUUGUCAUUUAAGAUGCUGCAGAGGCAAUAAAUGAUCUAAAUAUAUUUCAAGAAUAGUAGAUAGGUAGUACGUACGUUCUCUGUGUCAUACACUAUAGAAUAUGAUCAAAAAUAAAAAUUGUGUUAAAUAAUUAAAAGAGAAUGUCAUUAUUGCCACUGAUUGGCCUACUUAACUUACUUAAAUUUUAAAAUACAUACUUUUGACUGAAACUGAAACUUUUGACAUUUGAACAUUUAAUGUGGG